AUGUUGGCCGUGUCGGCAAUCCGCAGGACCUCGUUGAGGUUAGCUGCACGAAACAUUGUUCGGAAGACGACCACACGUGCUGCAUCUUCGAGCUCCACCGAGACCACCACGUCCUCUCCCUUUUACAUUACCGCAACCGCUUCUGCCGCCACGGCAGCUGCAAUAGGCUCAAUUGCCUGGUAUUACCAUCUUUAUGGUCAAGAGGUCUUCGCGAUGACACCGGCGGAAGAAGGGUUACAUCCGGCACAAUAUCCUUGGGAGCACCAAAAAUGGACCAAGACAUUCGACCAUGCAGCGUUACGAAGGGGUUUCCAGGUCUACCGUGAAGUUUGCGCCGCAUGUCACUCACUCUCACGAGUCCCCUACCGGUCAUUUGUCGGAGUUAUGAUGACGGCCGAUGAAGCCAAGGCCCUCGCUGAGGAAAAUGAGUAUGACACCGAACCCAAUGACGAAGGCGAGAUUGAGAAACGCCCCGGGAAACUGUCCGAUUACAUGCCAGCGCCAUACAAGAACGAUGAAGCCGCUCGAGCUGCCAACAAUGGUGCUCUACCCCCAGAUUUAUCACUGAUGGUGAAGGCUCGUCACGGCGGAUGCAACUAUGUCUUCAGCUUGCUGACCGGAUAUCCGGAAGAACCACCGGCUGGCGCGGUCGUUCAGUCUGGUUUGAACUUCAACCCUUAUUUUCCUGGCACCGGCAUUGCCAUGGCUCGUGUCUUGUAUGAUGGAUUGGUCGAAUACGAAGAUGGCACGCCUGCUACAACGUCCCAGAUGGCCAAGGAUGUGGUUGAAUUUUUGAACUGGGCCGCCGAACCGGAGAUGGACGAGCGCAAGAAAAUGGGCAUCAAGGUUCUGAUCAUCACCACCGCUUUGUUUGCCUUGAGUGGUUGGAUCAAGCGUUACAAGUGGGCUCCUAUCAAGACUCGAAAGAUAAUCUACAACCCGCCUGUAGGAACCGGCAAGCCUAGGCUUUGA